AUGCAUGUCGGGACUCUUGCUGAGCAAGAUGGUUAUAGCCAAGCUGAAUCCUAUGAUGAAGGUCUUCUGGCUCCACUCUGCGUGCUCUCCUGGCUUCCCCAGCGGCAUCUUGCCAUCCUCUGCCACACCCACUCCACUCCUGCCCCCAACCCUUUUGCCCUAAACCAAGUCUGCACCUUCAACAAUGGCUCCAUCCAACUCUUCUGUGUGGGCGAGAGGGACUCUGGCUACUAUGUCAUCACUGCGACAGAAAGCUUGGGGAGCAGUCAGUUUGGCACCAUCGUGCUGCACGUGUCUGAAAUCCUCUAUGAAGACCUCCACUUUGUUGCUGUCUUCCUUGCUUUGCUUGGUGCUGUGGCUGCAGUGUUAAUCAGCCUCAUGUGGGUUUGUAACAGGUGUGCAUAUAAAUUCCAGAGGAAGAGGAGACAUAAACUCAAAGAAAGCACAACUGAGGAGAUUGAACUGCAAGAUGUAGAAUGCUAG